AUAUAUGGCAAUUGAGAGCGAAGUGUUGUAUGCAUUAUACUAACUGUAUUAGAAGAAUUUGAUUUCCCUUGAGCAAAAAGGAAUGAUCAAAGGUAACUAAACUUACUCAAACAAGAUAUGUUGAUAUAAAAUGAUUUCGUGCUAAGAGCUUCUAUUACAAAUUGUGAGACUUAGUUUAUAUUGUAACAUCGUAUUUUAGAAUUACUUUAAGGUUUUCAGAUGGUUUUUAUCUAUUUAGAUUAAGAAUCACCUCGAAAUUCGACUUGUAUUAGCCCUUUGAAAAAAAUGCCUUCUUGUAGUACAACAUAUAGCCGGCAAAGGAUUAAAAGUGCAACUCAAAAUCCAAAUUAAAAAAAAAAAAUAUCAAGAUUAAGAUCAAAUUCUUUGACAGCUAUUUGAGAUAAAGUCGACA